AUGGCGAAGGAGAAGAAAGGAAACCGGCGAGAAAACAGACAAAACAAGUAUGCAGGGAGAAUCCACGAUCAAAAUGAACUUUGGGGGAUACCCGAACCUCCUGCGAAGGAGGAAGAAGACGACGACGAAGAGGAACCGGACGUAACAGAGGAAGACAAAGCCGUUCGGCUCUUCGACUUUGAUGCUCAAGGAAAGCGACGCUCCGACCGUGUCUACAAGGCAGGUUUCGGAGAGGACGAAUGGACAUCGACAGACACGACCACGUCGUCGGAAUCGAGCACAACAACAACUGAAUCAGAAGGCUCGGACGAAAGCUACGAAUUCGACGAUGAAGACUUUGCAGAGCUUCAAAAGCUGCGAAGGAACAACAGGCCGGGGGCGCCGAUGGACCCGAUGAGCCGACUGCGCAUGUGGGAGAGUUCCUUCUUCAUCAACUCCUUCAUGAACCUCGAAAACAAACAGCAGUACUACUUCUAUACAGUCACCUUCGGACACGUGAACCGGUCUCGGCGAAUCCAAGGCACUCUGCGUCGCCGCACUCUGUACACUCCAGGCUACCUGCUGCGUCCGGGCGAGUUCAAGCCCUUGAGUGCGCCGCUGGUCAUCUGGCCGUUCAAAGUUUUCCUCUUGCCCUACAGCCAGCUGAAGUCGUUUUGCGUGACGAUCGAGAUGUGGAAGAUCAACGAGUUGUCCUUCAACACGUUGUACGCCAGCGCCAAGCUGACGCUGCAAGAAAUCGUCGACAGCGAGCAGGAGUUCCAGAUCCUUCUCCGGCGGAAAAUCGCAGGGAAAAAAAGAAGCUACGAGGUUCACAAAAUGCGUGUUUCGCUCAUGCUCAGCGAGGUCUUCGACAUCGAUCUGUCCUUCGACAGCUGGUGGUUUCUCCCCGACAAAGCCAUGCCGCAAAAGAUCCGAGAAAUUCCCAAGCAGCUUCUCUUCAGCGUCCCGGUCCGGGGCAGGUCUGGAGACCGAAAUCGGCGCAAGACGCAAGUCAGCCAGAUGAAUUACUGGCCCAACGCUGGCCUUUUCCGGUAUCGCGGCAGUUUGCAGUCGAUUUCAAACAACUACAUCACUGUCACGCUGCUGUACAGCCGCCCGAAAGAGUGGUAUCGGCCGCCAGCCCAUUUAGGGCUGUGCAUCAUGGCCCUCAAAUCCGUCCUUCAAUAUCCUUUCUUCCGAGGCAUCGUGAAGAAGCUGACGACGGAUCCGCGGAAAUUUCAGCAGGGAGAGCUCGUGGGGAACAUCCGCUGCUUCAUCCGGUCGGUUGGCAUUCACGAGUACGAAGAAAUCCCAAACAGACCUGCGCAGCCCCUCGCGGGUGCAGCCCUCGUGACGCAGCUGAAUCUCAGAGAACAGUUCCUCGUCGUACGCCUCUUCAAAUGUGAGCAUCUUCCAGCAGCGAAUGCCGACUCUUACUCUUCAGACCCGAUUGUCAAGAUAAAGUGGGAUGCGAUGGUGAAUACGAGCAACAAGCGCGAGAACACGCUCCGACCUGUGUACAACCAGAAUUUUUAUUUCCCUGUGCGGCUGUUGGAUCCGCGUGAGAGGACCAAUCCAACACUCAGACAGACUGCGUUGCCUCUGGAUUUGUACACGAAGGGGCCGAUCUCGUUCGAGGUGUGGGAUAACGACGAGCUCACCUCAGACUUUCUGGGCGGUUCGGAGGUUCACCUCAACGCGAUCUGGCGGGAGGGCCAGUGGGAAGAGAGAUGUCUCGCCGAGGGUAUGGGGCAAGAAGACGACAAGACACGCCUGCCAGAUGGGCGGCCCGCCGAGUUCGCGACGAAGCGCCACGAGGAUGAAGACGACGAAGAAGACGAUGAAGACAGAGAAGAACCCCUCAUAGAUAGCAGCGCCCAGAGAGCGACUGUGCCCUACGAGUGGCCUUAUCGAACUCUCGUCCUCAGAAAAAUCCUCGAACUGAAGGGGUCCGCGCUGCCGCCGUCGCUGCAGGGGAAGAGCACUUUGUGGUUUGAGAUGUUUUUCAUUCCUCCGAUGCCGGACAACGUCGAGUUGCCGGAUCCGCCGCAAGUCCAGAGCAGCAACGACAUUUGGGCGCAAGUGACGAAGAAGUGGAACUCGGACUUUUCCAAGUACCAGAAAAUGUACGCGGAGUGGUUUCCCGACGCACCCUCCGACCGCCGCUUUCUGUGCACCGCCGAGCACGUGCAGACCCGAGGCACCUUCCCGCUGCCCAGCUUUCUCGCGCCGAUUGCAGUCCCGAGUCAGAUUUCUCCGGAAGGCGAGCUCCUGCACUGGAUCAGCAACAUCACUUUCCUCUCGCCCCCCAGACAAAUGCGCGACGGCCGCAUCGCCGCCUGGCAGGUCCCCUCGACUAUCCUCAUCACGCGCAAAGGCGGAGUCAACGACCACGCAAUUCUUCUGUGCAGCUGUCUCCUCGGCCUCGACUACGACGCCUACGUCUGUAAAGGAACCACGAACGACGGACAGGACGAGCACGUCUGGGUCAUGACCCGCCACGCCGGAGGCUGGGUGAUGAUGUGGGAGGUUACCACGAAGAAAAGAUACAAUCUCCCCUUCAGAUGGGGCUAUCCACCUGGGGGACCUCCCAAGGGCUUCGCAGCCCUACUUGCGCAGCAGCAGAACGAGAACGCCGAGAAAUACUGGGAAGGCCUCUACUUGCAGGAGUGGUACCAGUGGUCCAUGCAACAGGCGAAGCUUGCGCAUGCAGAGGCGGUUGCGGUUGCCACCGCCGUCCCCGAGGUGGAGCUUUACGGAGACCAACUCGUGGCAGACGAACUCGUUGAUCCGGAAGUGGUGCUCGAAGAAGAGUCUCAGAACAUCGAUCAGGAAGACCAGCGGAUUACGGGAGCGGUGAAGCAGAAAGUCGACAAAGAACACAUGAUGAAAGUUCUGAGGUCGCAGAUUGACCAUCUCCCCAUCACUCCUGUCAAGGGGUUGACGGAUCCUAACAAGACGCUCAGCUACCUUCCCUACACGUCUGUCGAAGUGGUGUUUAACAACUUCCAGUUGUGGGGAAAUCUGCAAAACCAUCACCCUGCGUGCAUCACCUACGACAUGGAAGACGAGUGGAAGUGGCGACCGCUGCUGAUGGAGCCGGCGGACCCGAUCGAUUCCGAUGUUCUCUUGGCGCCUCCCAUUCGAGACAAAAAGUGUCAGCUGCUGGCAGAAGAUUUGGCGAGCAGUGUGUUGGAGCACAUUCGGCUUCACCGCAUGAAAAAGGGCCUCGAAGUCUUCUUUGAGCAUCGUGAGGAGCUUCUCUUUCGCUUGACGUUCUAUUUGGAUCUCCUCGAAUACCGCCGGAUCCAGGCGCGAACCACAUGGGGUGGAGUGGGUUUCCCGAUGAGUGCGAAAAUGCGGAGGCGCUCCAAGACACAGACUGCCAGUUUUACCAGACGAUCAGCCAGCAAACGACGCUCUCCUCGGAGGAGAAGACGAUGCCCGAGACGCAGCAGGCAAGCUCUGCGCAUGUACUCGGAGUACGGCGGAGACGCGUACUGCAUGUUUGCAGACGUUCCCCCCCCAGGCGGCUUCUUCGAUCCCUUCGCCGCGAGCGACACGGGGCAGGGAUUCCAGGAAGCGCAAGCUGCAAAUGGAUGGGAGAUGCAGUUCGUGCCUCACAAGCGUCCACCGGCGCCAGAGUUGGCGAUGAACCCUGUCGAAGGCUACGAGCAGCAGAUUCGCUACCAAGAUAAAAUGGCGAAGUUGGAACAGAAAGCAGAAGCCGAUCUGGUCAAGUCCUAUGAAAAAGGUGGAGGCGCGAAGCGGGGGGACUACUACGCACCUGCCGGAAUACAGUUCUCAGCAGCGCAACGCCAUCUCGCUUCUCCGCCUUCCUCUCCCCGGUCGCGCUCUCCUACAGCGCCUUCUCUUUCGACACGUGCAACGCCCCAUUCACCUCACCCCUCCUCUUCCUGCAACGCAUCUUCAUCCCAGUCUUCUUCUCAAUCUUCUCAGUCUUCUUCCUCUGCUUCCCCUUCUUCCUCUGCUUCCUCUUCUUCAUCUGCUUCCUCUUCUUCCUCUGCUUACCUUUUAGGAGGCCCUCGGCGCAGUGUCUCCUUUCGGGAGGGAACGAAGUUCACGUCAUCCAGAGCGUCGAAGCGACAGACUCUGUUGAGGCGGCUGUCUCUGCGCCUGCGCGAAGCCAUUGAAGAGGGCGAGACGCUGCUCAAGGGGGCGGAAGCGAACGAGCGGACAGAGGCGAACGAAACGAGAAACGCUGAGCGAGAAGAUAGAAAAGCAGCUCGGCUGGUCCCCCUUUCGCAGGCGCGACGAGGAGGCGGUCUAAACGAAGAGACGCAGCUUAUGUUCUCGAAACUCCGCUCUCUUCGAGGCGGGCGAGAAAAAACAAAGACAGAAAACAGGACCAGUCCUGCCGAAGGGCCAGUCCCUUCUGCGCGGAUGUUAGAGCCAGGAACGCAAGCGCCGCCUCCGUUCUCUUCCUCGGUGGAGUCUGCCGCGGAGACAACGGCUCAACGCUCCUCUUCCUCGUCUUCGAACCGUUCUUCCUCGUCUUCAGUUCCGCUCUCUGAGGGACGCAGCGUUUCCCCGUCUCCCGUCCGAGUCUCGUCGGCGCAUCUGGAGAAGGGAUUUUCGCUGAACGCGAGCGCAGUCACCUUUGCGGCUCUCCUGCGGCGGAUGUCGAAGACGUGUCGGGCGCUCGAAGCGCGCGUGCACGAGGAGCUGGGACGGGGCGACACCAAGGCAGAUUCAGAGAGAGAAGGAAAGUUUUUCGCGGAGAGAGAUUUGGAAGGCGAGGCCGUUCCGCGCGCCUUGCGGCGGGAAGGAAGGGGAAAACCGCGAGCGCGAGACGCACCCGCCACGCGGACGCCGGGGACAGCCGAUGCGGCGCGCGGCGCCCCAGAGCAAAGACGCGGGGGCGGCGAGACAGGCCAGCACGAGAAACAGCGAGAGGAAACGCUCUCCGGUACCGACGUCGUUUCCCCUCGAGACCUGGGAGAAGGCCAGUGUCGCUCCCCUUUAAGGCCUGGGGAAUGGUUUUCGCGGGGGCUCUCGCUCCCACGAGAUUCGCGUGAACAGAAGAAACUCCUCGACCAGAAGCUGCGUUACAAAGAAGACAUGCGGCGAAGAGUGUACGAGAGACUCGAAGCUCUCGCAGGGGAACGCGCACAACGGGCCGCCGAAGAAGCGAAACGGGAAGGUCUGCGGAUGCUGAAAGAUGCUGAAGAAGAAGGCAGGCGCGUGGCGGAGGCUCGCAAUCCCCCCAGAGACGUUACGGCGGGCGAGUUGCUGCGCGUCCCUGGUGUGGGGGGGGAGACGGGAGACAAAGAGACAAAGGGCCGAGUCGACGGCGAGGCGCCCGAGGCGAGGAAGCUGGGAGAGGGCGGGGGCAAGGCUGGUGCAGAAGAAAAAGAUGCAGACUCGACAUACUCGUCGCCUUCGCAGGUCUCCGAGGCGUAUGUGUCUUUGUGGUCUGGGAGCGACAGCGACGACGACGGCUGGGCGAGUCCCCUGCAAGCUGGAGAACCCGCGGGAGAGGCCGAGGGCGGGCUGAGGAAGCGCGGCAGCGUGUUGAGGCUCCGCGCAGCGGAUGCUGAGAGACGCGAACUUUCCGCAGGUGCGCCUGGCCAAGAGGCGGCGCGCUGCGGAGAAGAAGGCUCGGCCUCGGCCUCGUUCACCAGUGUCGCCAGCCGCAGGCGCCUUCUCGCGGGGUUCGGCCUGGGAAGCUCUGGCGGUGGCGCCGAGGUUCCGGGGCAGCGGCCGGUCGAUUCCGAAGGUUCUCGCGAGGCUGAUCGCGCUUCUGGCCGGGGACGGCCGCAGGGCGGCCUCGGAGACGCGGGCGAGGCGCGCCCCGAGCCGACGCGAGAGGAGACAGGGACGCGAGAGGAGACAGGGUCCGUUCGGUCGCUGUCGAGGUCAGCCAGGUCGGAUCGAGAGACGCGCCAUCGGCGGGGAUCCGCGUCCCUCUCCGCUUCGGAGGACAGAGACACGAGCAGCGAGACAGAGACUCUCGAAGGCUCGCUGCCGCCGAGCGACGUGGAGGAAGACCCGUUCGCUCCCACCCGCGGCCGGAGUUUCGUCUGGGGCUCGUCAGAGAGCGAAGAACUGAGUGGAGAUGACCCCGCGUCGGGGCCGGGCGAGAAAAAGCGCCGGCGCCCGCAGGCUGGGCCGUGGCAAGUCUACGUCCCCCCCACCUUCUCGUACCUCCUUUCGCCUCGGACGCAGGUGCGCGAGGAGAGGAGACGAAGGAAGCAAGAGAAGCGGCUGCGCGCAGAGAAGCGCGAGGCGGAGAUCGCGCGGCUCCUGGCCGAGUCUCUGGAACGCGAGUCGGAGGCCAGAGACGACCAGGCAGCUCAGGCAGGACACCAGGGCGACCCUGCAGCGAAGCACGGCAAGGGAAGGGAAGCCAGAGCCGAGGUCGGGGGGGGGAAACGCAAAGGGAGAGACCAGACCUCGACGCCUGUCCGUGUGGAUAUUGAACAACUGAUCGCCAGCGCGGCGCCUGUCCAGGCGUCGGACGCGAGGGCGGCUGGCUCUGGCGCGCGGGAGGCUCAGAUCGAGCCGGGCGCCGCCUCAGAGGGGAAAAAGACUGCCGAGGCCGUCGCGGCUUCUGUGUCUCCGGGGUCUGUGCGGAAGGUAGAGGAAGCGAGAGGAGACAGAGCAGCUGAAGUCGAGAAGGAAGAACGGACGUGUCCUCUGCCCCUGGCUGCGCCCGCCACCGCCUCAGCACGCAUGCGCGAGGUGUACAGACGCUCUCGGGAGAAGGCAAACAGGUCCCAGUGCCACGCCACGUCUUCUGCCUGCGCGAAGCUGUCGCCGUCUGGAGAGAAGGCAGGCGAGGCCUCUGAAAAAAAGGCAGCACGCGCCGUCCACUUCUCCGCGGCGACAGACCACGCCAUGAUGUACAACCUCGACUACGACGACAUGCCUAAGAAGCUUCAGGAGGUGAGCGCUUUGGGCGUGCAGAACCCGGCCCGACCGACCGCUGCGGAGAUGAACUUGAAGGCUCCAGAGGGGAUGCACUGGGAUCCGCAAUCGCAGUCGUAUCAGUACACCUACCGCAACCCUUACGGGGAUGAGGCUUUUGGUGACCAGUCGAGAGGAGCGGUCCAGCAACAGGGCGAAGUCGCGCAAGCAGAGCUGAAUGCCGGUCGCCUGGCUGAUUACCGCAUAGGCAAGGGCGCCUACCGGGUGAACCAGCACACAGGCGAACGCGACUACAUCGACGGGCCCCAGCGCGACCUUUAUGGGCAGUACGGGGCGAUGGACCACAUCGACAAGAAAAAAGACAAACAGCCGCAAGGGCCCAGACCGGAGGGGUGGGAUGUCGGCUACGCCAAAGAAGUGUACGAACAGGGAGUCCCUGCAGGGUACACUCCAGCGCCUCAGGAGGAAGACACUGAGGCCUUGCUCCAGGAUCUGUUGCGGGCGCCGACGCAAGGCGCCGAGGAAUUUGCGGCCUACGAUGGCGGCGUCGACGUCGCAGCUCUCGGGCUGACGGGAGACAAGCGCACAGACAGACCAUCGAAGGUCGCGCGAGUGCAGACGCCAGCGGGGACGGAAGAAGCCUCGCUCAGCGCCUCUGUCUACGGCUCUUCCAGGAUGACCGUGCAACAACCAGUCGCGGACAAAGCCACCAAAGAACAGAUUCGAGCUCCGACCGAGUGGCACAGGCCUUCUCCCACGGGCCAAUACGCUGCUGAUCAAACGGCGAAAUGGAAGUGGUAUUAUCGCAUGGAAGAAGUCUACUAUAUCUGGCAACAGGUCAACUUCCCCGUGCGCAACAACCACGUCUUCUGCGGAUUCCCCGUCCACUUCUCCUCAUCUGAUGUCAACGACAUUCGGAGUUACCUGGGUGGCGCGCGACGCUUCCGGAAACUCCUCGACAUUCCAGUCGACAACAUCGUCUACGCCAUCACUGCCAAGUGCUUUCCCCUCAUGGGAGGCGUCAUCAGCACGUGGCUCUUCUUCGGCGCAGAAGUCCCCUUGAUUAGCAACCAAGAGCGAGAAAGGCGAAUGAAGCGGAAGAGAAAGCCAAAGCACGUGAAACGCCCCGACGACAGUUGA